AUGAUUUUACCAUACUUUAAGGGUAGCGGGCUGUUAUCGGGAUGCUCUCUAAGAACAAAUUCUAUUACUUCUCGAUAUAUCAGUAAAAUAAGCACCUUUGGAUAUGAUACUAUUACAAGCAAGCGUUUAUAUUCAAUUCAGAAGACACAAGAAGAAGCAUAUAAUGAACAGACUAAAAAUCGUAAAAUACAAGAUGUAGUACUAACCCUAUGUGGAAUUUCAGCGCUGAGUUUUCUAAUUUGGUGGGUUUAUUGGCCUCAUCACACAUUUCCAACUCAUAUAGCAAAAAUAUUACGAAAAGGAUUAAGGGAAGAAAUGAAUAAAGAGAAGCCAAACUAUCUCAAAGCUUUAGAAUAUUAUAACCAAGCAUUAAAAUUGUGUGACGAGAAUGACAUGAAUAGAUUAGCAAACGAAUAUACCGGGAUAGAAAUUAAAAUUGGAGAAAUGAUGGAACUAUUAAAUAUACAAAAUGAUGCAAAUAAGUUGUAUUUAAACAUGCUAGAACGAUUUACAGAGGCUAUCAAUACAGAAAAUACUCUAAGUGAUGAUGAAAGAUCUGCAUUAAUCAAAAAAGACUUACAAAUACUAGUGAAAGUAAAGGAAAAUACAGAGGGUAUCCAAGUCUCAAAGUUUUUCUUUUUAUUACACUUAUUGAUGGCUCAAAAAGAGCUCAUACGCCGUUUAGAAUUAGCAGAAAAUAAAAAAGGAAACACCAACGAUGUAGGACAAUUUGUAAGUGAUAUGAUCUUGAAGCUCUCAAACCUUGACUGGCUAAGCAUAACUGAACGGGAAGCUCGUGAAAUAUGGAAUCUCUUUGGUGAAGAAUUAAUUGUGGCCCGAGAGAUUUAUACAGAUUACAGUUUAGAACAGAAAGACUAUACUACAGCAAUUAAUCUAAAAUUAACAAAUAUUCAAUGGAUGCAUAAUGCAGGAAUUCACCCCUCUAAAAUUCUUUUAGCACAAGCAAACUUGGCCUCUAUCUUGUAUCUACAAAUGGAACAGUUUGAAGCACAGAUAUAUGCCUUGACAAAAAAUGCUAACCAAAGUCAAAACAGUAAUCAAAACGAGACGCUAGAAAAUAUUGUUAAAAGUAGAGAUAUUUGCUUAGAAUUAGCAGAAAAUUAUUAUAAUAGUAUUAUUAGAGUUAUACCCUUUGAUGCAAACUCCAAAAAUACAACUUUAGAACAAAUUGAUAUUACUACUGCACAAGCAUUAACAUUGUCAAUCUAUGGCUUAGGGGUUGUUAAUUUACAAAAAAAUAAUCAAACAAUGGCUAAACAAUAUUUAGAUCAGUCACUUUGUUUAGCAAAGGAUAUGAAUUUUGAUAGUUUAAGUUCAGAAAUUGAACGAGAGCUUUCUAAAAUUGCAUCCCGUUAA